GGAUAUUUGGCUCAACUUGCUCACUCUGCAGCUUAUAAUUAGGCCCAGAUGUAGUGUGUCAGCGCAUACUCUCCAAUGGUUGCAGGCUGCCAAAGUUGGUGCAAUCAUGGGUUCGAUGGAAGGAGGCGAUGAAGGAGAAGGAGACGGAGAUCGUGUCUCCAUCACCUGAAAUGAGGAGGAUUGGGCAGAGCUGUCACAAUCUCUUUGCGAAGAUUUGUUGUCCAGCACUGAAAAGCAUGAGAAGUUGGGUGGCCUCCGGAAUCUUCCUUUGAAGACUCGUGAUUGACUGCGCGAGUUCAUUCUCAAUCCAAAUUUGUUUGAUGAGAAGUUGAAGGAGAUCUUGGAGCUUGUUCAGGAGGAUGACAGGAAUCCAUCUUUGCCACAAGCUGCUCUCACUGCCAGAGGCCUCUUUGCGUGUGAUAUCUUGCGUUCUGCGCUGCACAAGAGACACAGGGUCGAGUUUGGAGUGGACAACGUGACUUGGCGCUGUCAAAGAUGCUCCGAGCAAGAGGACCGAGUUUGGUCACCCUGAUUUGGCCAUCACUUUGAUGCUGCGCACCUAUGCUGAAGAUGGUUUGACUCGUCAGUCAUUUCACCGCGUCCUGCAAUGGUUGAAGGACUUGCCUCUCAAGGAACAAACGCGUCACUACAGGCUUUGGUUAUGGGCUGCAGCCAUUGAAGAUGACUUGCAGACGGGCUGUUCACAAAGCCGUCGCCAAAAGGCUGAAAAUCCCAAGGGCUGGAGAGGGCUUGACCUUUGAUGAUGCUUUGGCCAAAGCUGGCCCAGAAUUUGCAGGUUGUCGAGACUUUCCUGGAGGAGUUUGUUUUUCCCAAGGAAACUCGACAAUUUCCGUUCAAGGUAUCAUCAAGUGCAGCAGUAUGAGGACGACAUGGUGAAGCACACUGAUGGCCGUGCUUUGCGAGUCUUUGUGAUCCUGAGAUGGGCGGACCGUCCCCUGUGAGAAUGAUUGAGCACAAGGAACCCUUGCAGAUUUUGGAAGAGAUUCUCAUCGUUCAAUCUGAAGUCCAUUUGUUUGUGCUCAUUGAUUGCGGUGCUUUGCUCACUGGAAUGUCGAAUCGGCAAGUUGCAGAGGCUGUGCUGAAGCUGAGUCCUCAUAGAUUUCGGGCAGCCAUUUUGAACGUCUUCGUUAUCUUCUUGGGUGGUAUGGCCCGCGCGUUGUCGAUGAUGAGAACCAGAUCAUGGUACUGGACAGCGAUGGAAAAGACACUCCUUUGGCCAAGAGCCGCUUCAACCUGCCCAUGAGUGCUUCACAUAUUUGGAUGACAAGCACACGCGUGGAAUGGAUCUACGCUUUGCCCCAGCUGCAGUUGGAGCAGUCACUGUGUGCAAGAAGACCACCACAGACAGGCUAGUCCAAGCCUGCAUGCGCAUGUGUUUUCUGGGCCUGGGUCAAAAAGGUUAUGCUUUUUGUGGACAGGACAGUGAAGCUGGAAGGCAACUUGCAGCAGAAAGUCAACAGCAUGGAGUGGAGCCAAGUGUGGAUUUAGUUCUUGCUUUUGUCACAGCUCGGACAGCAGAGGAGUUGAAGUCUGCUAUUGUUCACUGGGGCAUUGCAGGGUUCAGCCUUUGCAACACAAGUGCCCUUCUUGGAACAUGUCCAGGGGGGCUUCGGGCCCGAAUGCAGGCGUUUAGCAAAGCUUUGCAGAGAGCCAGAGAAUUUUCAGUUGACUUCGUAUUGCCAGCCACUGGCUGCUUGCCCCAGUGAGGAAGAGAUUCCUAGGCGUGCUUUGGAUGCCCCAGAACAGCUUGAAGAAUGCAGAUCUGACACCACAAGAAACACAGCGCUGGAGAGAACGUGCACACAAGAGAAUCAGGAAUCAGUUGGCAUACUUGCGUGAUCACAAACUCCUGUGUUCGGAGGACGAUUCUUGUUACUUCUAUGGAUGAGGAACAGGAACGAGAGAGGGAACAGGAGAAACAAAGAGAGAAGGAAGUCGAAAUAGAAACCGAAGCUGAAGUGUGUCCUCCUCCAGUCCUUGUUGAGAAGCAAUGUGAAUGGGGCCAUGCUUCGCAAAAAGGUUUUAUAUCUGAUUGCCUCAAUGAAUGCGAUGGAUGUCCCCGUUUGCAUGCAAUGAUUGCAGAUGAGCUGGAACGCUGCGGGAUGCAUUUGCCACAGCUGCUCGAUUUCAGAGACAUGCCAAGUCAUUUGUUCAUCAGCAAUUGGCUGUGCAGUGUCCAAAUUACAGAUGACCAUUGCAGCCCUCUGGAAAGAGCACAUGCGUUGCGUGCAGUGGAUGCUUUCCUUUUGUCUCCGGGCAAUGACCAAGUGACAUCGAUCAUCUUGCUAUCAGGCUGGGAAGCCAGCAAUGUGUUGGUAGAGAUGAGGUAUCUGAGCAAACAUGCCCCUCAGCGGGCAACGCAGGCAGAAGAGUUCUUUGCCCAACUGUGCCACUUGAGUGAUACUGACAAAAGUAUGUUUGUUUGUCGUGUGGGCUAUCCAAAGCUUCCACGGGCAGAGCAUCGAGCUGUGCUGAAGCUUUUCAAUGCCUCCUGGGAUUACUCACUCAGUGAAUGUGCAGAAGCUGCAGAAGUUGCCAAGCUUCUGGGUCUUUUGCAACCACGGAGCACCUACAACUUUGCCAGCCACCAGUGGCAUGAACAACAAAGCCAGCGUUUGUGGGAAGCAUUGAGAGACCAGAAAGUUUUGAGCAGGAACGGUUUUGUGAAAGAGGUCCCAGAUGUGGAUGCCAAACUGAGAGAGGCUGAAUUAUGCUUUAAAGAUGGGUCCGGUUUGGCUUCACCACCUGCUGACUCAGAUUUCAACAGGGCGCAAAAAUCCUGCAGAAAUUGUGCCAGAAUUCAUGAGACUCCGAUUACAGGGUCUCGAGGAGCUCUUGGACCUUUGAAUUUGGUGUAGUAACAAA